GUGUGCCUUGGCAGAUGGCUGAAAAAGUGUAACAAAACAGCUGAAGACCUGAAGAUGGUCCUGGUGGCUUUGACUGCUGUAUGCAACUUCGUCGGGUUCGCUCAAAGGGCACAGCCAGCUGACAAUUUAUACUUACAAUUAGCCAUGCUGGUCGCAAUGCUGGGCACAUGGGCUGCUCAGGGGACGCCGCACUACCACAACAUGUCUCACCGGCAGACGAUCGCCUUUAUUUCCGACAUUGGCGCCGAAGGUCUGAAACCCCUCUUCAUCGCCGGAAGCACCGUCACCGUCGUGUUCCUUGAUCUGGCCUUCCUGUCGGAGCGCUGGCUGCGACACCGGGGAGUGUUGGCGCGGAAUAAGGGGUUCUUCGACAAGUUCUGCUCUGUGGCGUCCAUCUUCUUUUCGAUCGCGGGCGCGCUCGGGCUGAUCCUGCUGUCGAUCUUUGAUACGGUGAAUCACCCGCAUUUACACGAUGGAUUCCUUAUCAUGUUCAUGGUUGGCUACCUGAUCAGCGCCAUCUUUAUCUGUUUAGAGUACCUGCGACUAGGCAUGGCCUACCGCAGGUUGCAUAUCAUUCUGUUUGUUAGCUUCUGGAUCAAGCUCGGGUUUAUCGUCGUCGAGGUGGCCCUUUCCAUCGCAUUUGGGGUGUUGAUGAAGCACUCGCAUCGUAAAAAUGUCGCGGCGGUUCUGGAAUGGGUUAUCGCCCUGAUUUUCACUUUCUACGUCCUCUCGUUCGUGAUUGACUUAUUACCGGCCGUCCGCACGCGGCGCCAUGUGCCACAAGGAGAGAAGACCCUCCAGAUGGCCAACGCUACGCCCAGUUCCACUACCGGCGCUCUUCCUGCCGUCAGUGGCCGUCAACAAGACGUCACCUACGAGCAGCCAUUGACGACCGACUCGAUGGGCGAGAAUGCCAACACCUACCGUGGACUGGUGAUCAGCGGACGGCCAGCGGAUGGCACGGGUAGAGUGUAA